GAGUAUCUCACCAGCGGUCACACUAGAGGAGGCAAGCAGCCUCACAGCACAUUCUGACCCUCACACACAGGCUUGGAGAGAGAGACCGAAUCAGCACCUCACACACAUUGACAGAAACUGCUCGCUCCAGAGCGAGGCCCUCUUUACUCAACCAGCAUCACUAUCUGUCCUCUCUCUCUGACAUGGAGCUCCACAACAAGCUCCAGAUGCUGAACCUCAACCAGCGCCUGGAGACCUACCUGGGCCGAGUGAGGCUGCUGGAGGAGGAGAACAAGCUACUAUGCCAGGAGCUCCAGGCCCUGAGGGUCAGUGGCCAGGGGGGGCAGAUGGGCCUGGAAGACAAGCUGAGCCUGGCCAGGCAGGAGGUGGAGGAAGCCUGGAGGGAGAAGGACCGGGUGGAGCUGGAGCUAGGGAGUCUGGGUGAGGAGCUCCAAGUCCUGGGGCUGCAGAGACGGUGGGAGGCGGACGCCCAUGGGGAGGUGAAGAAGAAGCUGGCAUCCAGCAAGAAGGAGAUGGAGGAGGAGAAGAGGGCUCAGAUCUGGUUAAGAGAGAAGGUGAGCCAGCUAGAGAAACAAAUCCAGUUCCAGAUACAAACCCACCAGGAAGAUGUUGCUGGCUUCCAGGCUACACUAAUCCAAGUCAGACCUGCCCUGCCAUCCCCUCCACCCCAAACGGGCACCCAGCUUCCCAGCCUCCAGGACCUGGGUGAGGAGUACUCCCAGAUGGCUGUCAGGGCGUGGCAUGAGGCGGCCAUGGUGUUUCAGGGCCAGGUAGACAGCCUGGACGAGUCUCUAAACCAGGCCAGAACCCGGUUGGCCCAGGUGGGCCAGGAGAAAAUUGAGAGCCAGCUGAAACUUCAGGCCCUGGAGAAUGAGCUGCAAUCAGCCCAGGAUAGAAGGCAGUGUCUGGAGAGGAGUGUGGCCAAACAGAGAGACAUGCAGAGGCAAGAGAUACAAAACCUGCAGGCCCAUCUGGAGGUGUUGGAGAUGGAGAAGGGGGCGCUGGGAAAUCAGAUUGACACUCUUCUGACAGAAAGUAGGGGUCUGGUGCAGCUGAAGAUGUCUCUAGGCAUGGAGGUGGCCACAUACAGAGCUUUACUGGACAAUGAAAGUCUGAUGGGGGAUUUCUCUUCAACAAAUCAGCUAAGGAGUACCUACACAUCUGAUGGAGUCCCCAGCUCUCGAGGGGUUAAGCAAAGCUUCCAGACACAGCUGGCUACCAGUCACAUAAUCAGUCCCUUCUCUACCAUCCAUAGAGCAAGCCCACGAUCCAAUGUAACAACGAUGUCCGCAUCACCAAUCUGGACUCAAAACCAGGUGACCCUGAACGAAACACCUGAGAGUUGUCGAAAGACAGAGGAAGAGCAGGUUGACUUUGACUUAGGGUCCAACCGGCAGGUUAUUUGGUCAACGCCUUACCCCAAAGUACCACAGGAUGGAAUUUCAGUCGACCACUUCAGACCCCAAGAUGUCCAUGAAGAAGUCAACUAUGCUGAGCCUCUCUCACCUCCCACUGAAGAGGCAGGAGCUGAUGUUGUAUCUUGGCUUGGUUCUGACCAUAAGGAACAAUCCAUGUGGGAUUUAGAAAAGGAGGAAGAGGAUCAGAACAUAGUCAGAACCUGGGUUGCUAAAGACAAACCAGUUCUGGAACCUGCCAUGAGUCACCAGGUUGAGAUCAGCUUCAGUAUGCCAACUGUGUUCAGCACUGAUGCUCAAGAGCUCUACAGCCCUUCAGUGAGCGAUGAGAGAGCAGGUUCAGUGACAGGGGCACAUUCUGCUUUCUCGGCAAAUGAUGAUAAUGAUGUACCUUUUGAAAUGUCUUCUGAAAAGGAGGAACCUCUACUAGAUCUGCCUUACGGUCCCAUGAAUGCAUUGGAGGAAAGAGAUCUCGAAACAGCAAGGAAAGACGCUGAAUGGGUGGGGAAAGAAGGCUUGGAGUCUGAAAUUAAAUCAGUGCUAGAACCUGCAUUUGAGACCUUCACAAGCAGUCAAGCUUUUGAGUACAACAAGUCAAAAGAGUUCAACCAAGAGGACAAUAUGUCAUAUGCAUCUACUCAAGCCUCCCACGGUUCAGAAGAGGCAUUUCACCAUGUUAAAAGAGUGGAGGAAGAUGUUAUUAAUCUCACAAAAGAGGAUGAUGAAAACUAUAUGUCUAACAAAGAUGAGGAGCAAUUGGAAGAUGAAUUGCGCCCCUAUGGGUAUGGUAAGGAUGAUUGUGAAAGAUUGGCAGGGUUCAAUAAGGAACAUUGUGUGACAGAAAGAAUCGAUAAGUUCAACCGAGAGGCGAUUAUCUCAUAUGAAUCUGCUCAAGCUUCUCACUGGUCAGAAGAGGUAUUUCACCAUGUUGAAAGACUGGAGGAAGGUGAUAUAAAUUUCACAAAAGGGGAUGAUGAAAAUGAUAUGUAUAAUAAACGUGAGGAACAAUAUGCAUUGCACCCCAAUGGGGAUGUAGAUGAUGAAUGGAAUAGAGUGGGAGGAUACAAUGAAGAGAAUGGAAUUAGAGAAAGAAUGGAUGAAGGAAAGGAUCAAGAAGGAAAGGAUCAUAUGAAAGAGGAAGAGAUGUGGAAUAACAGAGAAACCCAACCAAAUCAGUCUGAUCAAGAGCAUAUACCUUCAAAUGUAGAGAAACUGAAUCAAUUUGAGCAAGAGCAUAUACCUUUAGGCAGAGAGAAACGGAAUAUAUCCGACAAUGACAAAGAGGAUCAUGAUGAGGCAAACUACUGUCAAAAUACUUAUGUUUCAUGGAGGGCUGAGCUAGAAGGUGACAGCUACACUCAGGACAACACACUGGCCGACACACACCCCCUGAUCCGUUACAAGAGUGACGAGACGGAUGCCAACACUCAGGCUUCACACAUGGGAGAAAGUGACUCCAGUGAUGGUGAACAGGACAGGGAGGUUUGCCAGACAGGAUCAGGCACCUGGGGCGAAGGCAAGUCCAAACAGUUUGACACCAUGGAGGAUCUGUAUGAAGAGUCAGAAGGGGAUGUCAUAGAUCAGGAAAGUAACAUGGGCUCCACUCACCAAGAGGACAUGGAUGCUAGCCAAACAAAGGAGCAUGCUACACAGGAGAACGAUGAGGAGACUGCAGUAGAUCAGUUGAUUCAGGAGGCAGAAGAGGAACAAUCCUAUGAGGACCUUACAGAACCUGGAGAGUACUCCAUGAUGUGCUCUGAUGAGGACAAUAAUGAAGAAAGAAUUGAUAGAUUGGUAGAGCAAGAAUUAGAGAAUUUAUCUAUAUCCAGUUACAGUGAACACUUUAAUGGGCAGAUGAUUGAGAGCGAGUCAGUACUGAGUCUUCAAAUUGGGUCUCACACUGAACUUUCCCAGACACAAGACAUAUUAUACAGUGAGGAGGUAGAGCAGAUACACUCAGAGAGACUGAAUCAAUCUGAACAAGAGCAUACGACCUCAGGCGGCGAGGAACUGAAUCAAUCUGAACAAGAGCAUAUGACCUCAGGCGGCGAGGAACUGAAUCAAUCUGAGCAAGACCAUAUGACCUCAGGCGGCGAGAAACUGAAUCAAUCUGAGCAAGAGCAUACGACUUCAGGCGGCGAGAAACUGAAUCAAUCUGAGCAAGAGCAUACGACUUCAGGCGGCGAGAAACUGAAUCAAUCUGAGCAAGAGCAUACAACUUCAGGCGGCGAGAAACUGAAUCAAUCUGAGCAAGAGCAUACGACUUCAGGCGGCGAGAAACUGAAUCAAUCUGAACAAGAGCAUACGACUUCAGGCGGCGAGAAACUGAAUCAAUCUGAACAAGAGCAUACGACUUCAGGCGGCGAGAAACUGAAUCAAUCUGAACAAGAGCAUACGACUUCAGGCGGCGAGAAACUGAAUCAAUCCGUGCAAGAAUAUAUACCCUCAGACGGAGAGGAACUGAAUCAAUCUGAACAAGAGUAUAUACCCUCAGACGGAGAGGAACUGAAUCAAUCUGAACAAGAGUAUAUACCCUCAGACGGAGAGGAACUGAAUCAAUCUGAACAAGAGUAUAUACCCUCAGGUGAAGAGGAACUGAAUCAAUCUGAGCCAGAGUAUAUACCCUCAGGUGGAGAGGAACUGAAUCAAUCUGAGCCAGAGUAUAUACCCUCAGGUGGAGAGGAACUGAAUCAAUCUGAGCCAGAGUAUAUACCCUCAGGUGGAGAGGAACUGAAUCAAUCUGAGUCAGAGUAUAUACCCUCAGGUGGAGAGGAACUGAAUCAAUCUGAGCCAGAGUAUAUACCCUCAGAGGUUAUGUAUUCAAUGCACUCUAGGAUUCGAAUGACACCUGAACACACAUCUCUUAGAGAAAGUUCAGCAGAAAUAUCCAAAGCAGAAUAUUUGGCUCAAGGUAAGGUCUUCAGUGAGGAACUGGGAACUGAAGCUGUACCAGACAAAAUAGAAGGACAGGAUGACCAGAACCUUUCUAUGCUGACUCAUGCAGACUUUACUGAAAGCCAUUCUAUCCACAGCAGUUUAAACAGCAGGCCUGAGAGUCAAACCAACAUGAACAACUCGGAUAUAGAAGAGUCCAACAGCACAGAUGAUGAGUCUCCAAAUGCAAGCCAGUAUUUGCAACGUGCCAACGAAGCAAAUCUAACUGCAGAUCAGGUAGACUUGUUAGAUGUGGCGGUCUCUCACUAUGAGGAUUGCAAUGCUCUUAUAGAACAUUCUGCAGAGGAGGUCACUAGCUAUCAGGCAAGUCAUGAAUGUCUUCAGACAGACAAAUGGGAAGUCUUAGAAAGUCCAAACAAACACCUGGAAUCUGGAGAUCCUUUUGCAGGUCACAAGAGAGACUCGGAGAGAUCAUCCAAAACUGACAGCAAAGGCCGGGACCUCCACAGCUUCCUCAGCUCUGGUGUACACAGCAACUUCUGGGGUUCCAAUCUGGAAACAGGAGCCUCCUAUCAACCGGACGAGCCAUAUGACCAUGUGACCAAGCUACCCAAUCAGAACCUAGCCUUGGCUGAUAACCUAUCCUGGGUGGAUUUGGAAUCCACAGGCGGCCAAUUGGAACAUAAAGAUGGACAGUGACACAUCUAAAGCUUCCACCCUUGAAGAAGAGGACAAACAGAUGCCCUCACAGGUGAAGCAGCUGGUGUGUAGAGAUGUAGUAGAGGGUGUGAAUGUUACUUCUGAAGGUUCUGAAGAUGAGGGAGACUCCAGGUCAUCUGGGGAAGAAUAGGAACAAUUUCAGCAUGGUUUCUAUAAGGAGUAAAGUAGAAGUAACAAGUGUUAUUGAGAGUGUAAUACUAUUUACACUUUACAGGCUUUGAAUAUGAGCAUUGAUUCACAUUGAUCCUUACAGUGAAAAGUAAUUGAAAGGAUAAUAUGUCACAGAAUGUCAUGACAAUUCAGUGCUCUCUGGAAUCCUUGGGAUGUUCCUACCCUAAACCCCAACCUUAACCCCUACCCCACCCUUACCUUAACCCUAAAUAUAACCAUAACCCUUACCUACACCAUUUAAAAUGUCAACUUCAAUGGGGUAGGGACGUCCCAAGGAUGCGAGAUAGCAUGGACCGUCAAAUAUUUAUGCUGUUUUCAAAAACCAAAGUUGUGCCUUGGUGCACACCCUGCUGACACUAACCACCAGUGUACCUACUCCAUUUCAAGACAUUGAGGGCCAUUUUUGUAAGUUUUACAAAUGUAUGUUUGAAUAGCCAUUUUUCUAUUCUUUGGAGAACAAAAGUAACUUAGUUAAAAACCAAAUAAAGGACAUUUGAAAGUCAAAGCAUUCUUGAUUUGAUUGCACUGAUUGAAGGAAAUCAAUUAGAGAAAAAGUGAGAACCCAGGUAUUUCAAUGCACAAGACCUGGGAGCCUGUUUUUCUAGUGGCAACUUUUAUCUUAACAUCGUAAGCAAGUUUAUUUGAUAAGGACUCCAGUUGAUAUACACAGUACCUUCAGAAAGUACUCAUUCCCCAUGACUUACUCCAAUGAGAAGUGUUAUUUAUGAUUAUAAUUUGAAUUACAACUCAAACACUACAAGCAGCAGUGCAGUGGUUUGAAAUCCUAGAAGAACAGCUUGCCUUCAUUUUAAUAAAUAUAACUAACAGACAAUGAAACAACAUGGUACCAUAUUAGCUAUGCUUUGUUAACCAUUACG